AUGUCAACCGGGUCACUGAGUGAUGCUGAGGACGUCCACGAAUUACCUGUUUUACAGCUGAAUGCGCAGAGUAGACGGCCCACACGGGACAUGACAUCGGAGUCACUCCUCCACUCGAGAGAUAACUCUGAGGAGGAGUUCUGCAUAGACGACAGUUGCGAGGGGAAAAGCAAACGGCCGAAGACCAGCGCCAACGGUAAGGGGAAAAACCAAUCGGAUGGCCGCCAGACUCAGAGAAACGCCGCCAACGCCAGGGAGAGGUCGCGAAUGAGAGUGCUGAGCAAAGCCUUCUCGAGGCUGAAGACGACUUUGCCAUGGGUACCGGCAGACACCAAGCUCUCCAAACUGGACACGCUGCGACUUGCAUCCAGCUACAUUUCUCAUCUGAGGCAGCUCUUGCAGGAGGACCGUUAUGAGAACAGUUUUGUGCAUCCGGUAAAUUUGACGUGGCCCUUCAUGGUCUCAGGCAGACCAGAGGACAGCAAGGAGAUCGCCACCGCUGCCAGAUUGUGUGGGGCUACUGCAUGAGUGAUGCCUGUUGGAGACAUGCUGGACUUAGUCUUCCCACAGUCGUAUUUAUCACCUUCGGUCAAUACCACCAAUGGCUGCGUUUCUUGAACUCAGUCUCAGUUUACAAACUCUUUGCUUUGAAAUCUCAAAUGUUUUGUACGAAAUCUAGCAUAGGAAUUUGUUACUGUGACUAUUUAUACUUAAUGUUUCCAUAUGACGACAGGUUCUCUAGAUCUGCCAGAGGUUGGACUGCAUUUUUACGGACACUAUUUCUUUUGUUUUUACAGUAUAUACAUACAUGUUUUUACAGUAUGUGUUCAUCCCCCAAUUGGCAAUUCAUUCUACUACACUGUCAUCACAAUGCGAGUCAAGUAAUCUCAAGCAAUAUAUUUUGAAAAGUUUGUUGAUCAUGUUAAUGCCAUGAUAUGUGGUACAUAUGCUGUAGCCUCUUCCAGUUGAC